AAAAAUUUCCUUGAAAAAAAAUCAAUAUUGACAUUCCUAGCUUGAACAUGACCCAAGGUGCUAUGCUGGAAAAGGCGAGCAAGGCCGCGGCGGCGAUUACCGCAACGGCAGCUGCGGCCGCCAAGAAGGCGGCAACUCAAGAAGGGCCGAGGAGCUAUCAGUUCACCUGGAAGGAGAAGCUAGCCAGGUAUAAGGACGAGCUCUCCAAUGGUGUGUGGGGUUAUUGGGAGCUCGGUGCCUGGAAACCCCUUGCCCUUAGUGCGCGCAAGCGCGCCGCCAUUCGUAAGGAAGUUCUCCUUGCCGAAGAGGUCUGGCCUUACGACCCGCCUAAAAAGGAGAUGAGAAACAAGAGGAAAGGCCACAAGUGCGAUCGUGUUGCUGCUGAGAAGCGGGCUCAUACUUCUGAGCUGAUGAAGAAGAUGCCCGAGAUGCUGUUGGAUUACAAGAAACGCAGGUGGGAGAAAAAGAUGAAACAAGAGGAUGCAAAAGACUGAUCACCAUCAGCAUUAUUAGAGUAAUGCUUUUCUGCUGCUUCAAAUCUUUAAUCUUUAGCAUGUGUAGUACAAAAGAUUCUCCUGGGCCUCAAUCUCCUAACUUGUUAAGGGUAAUAGGAGAAAAAUUUCUAAGUACCAAGAAGCCUGUAUAUUUUACCAUCUUAUUUGAAUUUACAGUUCAUGCACUCUAAUAUUGAGCUCGUACAAUGCCGCCUUCUUAAAAAGUC